AUGGCGCUGGGAUAUAUGCAAACACCAUCACCACCGCCACCAGGAUAUGUGGCACCAUAUGUCCCAGCGCCAUCGCCGCCGGGAUAUAUUCCAGCACCUAUACCAGGGUAUCCUGGCGCUCCAGUGCCGUCGCCACCACCGGGGUAUGUGCCAGCGCCGUCGCCACCACCGGGGUACUUGCCAGCGCCGUCGCCACCACCGGGGUUUAUUCCGGCGGCAGGUUACGCCCCGUCAGCGGGAUACGUUCCACCGACGGGAUACGUCCCGUCGACGGGAUACGUCCCGUCGGCGGGAUACGUUCCGUUGGCGGGAUACGUCCCGUCGGCGGGGAGAUAUUGCAGGUCAUGGCAGGUCAUUGGCAACGGUCAUGAAGAUGUUGUUAGUUCUAAGAUGAAGGUGCUACUUGACAUAGUUAAAGAAAUAAAGAUUGACAAGUAUGUAUUUUAUGGAUAUCAAUCCCAGUAA